AUGGUUGAAGGGGUGCCAAGCACAGCCACAGUGGAUUGGAUGAAACUUGUAUUCUCACAGUGGGGCAGUGUCACAUAUGUAAGCCUUCCCAAAUUCUCUUCAGGAAGAUGCAAGGGCUUUGCCUUUGUUGAGAUGGAUACACCUGCAUCUGCUCUCAAAGUCCUUCAAGUAUUUGGAGAAGUGGGACUAGUGCAGGAUGGCAGUGGAGAAGGAGGGGAAGCCAAGCCUCCCCCCUUGAGCUUCCAACUUCAUGGAAUAUCAGAAAAGGAAGCAAAAGAAACAUUGUCAUACACUGAACGGGCAGAGCCACGCUCACUCUGUCAUAUCCUGGGAAGACCUUCACAGGACCAAGGUGAGAAAGGAUUGGAAGAAGGGGAAAUUGAUGCCACUGAAGAGGAUGAGGAGGAUGAUGGAGAAGGUGGAGGUGAGAUAGGGAAAGAGGAGAAGUGGAAAAAGAAAAAGAGGAGAAAAAGGAAGAAGAAGGGAAAAGUUGAGAUAGAGAUUCCUGCACUUCUUGGCUUCCAUGUUAUGCCAAAGGUGGAAUGGAAGAGGUGUCGUAAUCGGUACUUGACCCUCCAGCGCAUGAAUUAUGGUGCCUUGAAGAAGACACUUGAGGCUAUGAGGCAACAGGCAUCUUCUGUUCCUGUCAUACCUCAGUUUCCUGUUCCUGAGUCCAUCUCACCUGAUGAGUUGAAUGAUGGACAGAAGAAGCAGAUUGGGCCAGUCCAGCCUGGAGAGAAACCACAGGCUUGGUCAGACAGUGGGGAUGGGAAAGGAAAAGCUAAAGAUGACAUUGAGAGUGAGACACUGGGAAAGGAAGAGAGAGGGGGUGAGAGAAAGAAGAAAAGAGAGGAGAAGUUGGAGAAGGAAUUCUGGAAGAAGAUUUCCUUUCAGCCAGGUGUGAUUGUGAAGAUUUUGCAAGAGAUUGAGUCUAAUGAGUCCCUUCGCAUCAUCAAGGAGUUGAUACGAAGCUGUGUGGAGCCAGAAGAGAUAAACGUGCGAGUGAAUAGUGAUUCAAUAUAUGUCCGAUGCAAAGAUUCCAUCUCGUCAGCUCGCCUUGCUUCUUCUCCCAAUUUCACAGCAGCUCAUGUUCUCUCGGGUGUUGAAGAAGCCCUGUAUUGGCAGGCAAUGAGGGAUGCGUUUAUUAAGGAGCACUUGGUUAGAAAGGAGGAUGUGAAUGAAGAAAAAAUAUUGGAAAAGAAAAGGAAGAAAGAGAGGAAAAAGAAGAAAAUGCUCAGAAGGGGCAAGGAAGUACUGAAGAAGCAGGCAGAAGCAGCUAUGAAGUCUUAUAGUCAUGAUCAUGGUCAAAAAUCAGUUGUGACAGGGAUGGGGUCCAUUUUGGGAACCCUUGAUCUGGAGACUGAACCUCUGUCUGAAAAUGAGGAGGGGGAAGUGGAUGAUCUGAGGAGGCUGUCAAACCACGAAUACAUCUAUGAAACAUUGUUUAUGAAUGGAGUGGGAUCAGAUGUGAUCAUUGUGGCCUUGGGUCAUGACUGGAACCUCCACAAGCAGUUCCUCAUGCAGUGUAAGCUUAUCAAAGAUGGAAACAAAUGGGAAUGGGAGUGUGUUCUUGUAUUGCAGAGCCCAUAUUUUGCAAGUAUGUUCAGUGGAGCUUGGAGAGAAUCAGAAGAAUCAGUCAUUGAGAUCCCAAUCACAGAUCCCUUGAUCACAAAGAACUCCCUGAGGCUUGUUCUGGGUUCCCUAUAUCGGAAGGAGGUGGAAGUGAGUCCCGCAAUUGCCAUGUCUGUUGUAGCAACAGCCAGAAUCUUUCAGCUUGAUGAUCUAGUCCAGAAAUGUGAAGAACUUCUCACUGACACCAUUUAUGCUCAGACUCUCCUCCUGAAAGUAAUGAAGGAUCCAGAACUGCGAGUUGUUUCAAUGGAGAUGAAUUUGUAUAGUAUCCUUGCUGUGAAGCUCUACCUUGACCGGCAUCCUUCCCUCAAUGUUCUCAAUUUGUCCUUCAAGGCCAUCCUUGCCCGGAAUGAGAAGUGCAAGGGAUAUCUAGACUCACAAAAAGGUGCUUCAUAUCAAGAGUUGUUCAAGAGCCUGCGACUACGGCAUCUUCUCAUUCACCCUCAAGACCUGAAGCGGGUAAGGAAUGAUCGCAUCAUCCCAUGGCCCUGGUUAUCACCACAUCUUUCCCUUAAUCUUCGCCUCCUGCAUUGCGUGGAAAGUGGCCUAGAUUGUGGCCCAACUGAUGAAGAUACUGAGCGGUUCAAUGAAGAGAGCAUUCGAUGCAGCCGUCAUCUCCCAGUGUGUGAUACCUAUUGCUGGCGUUGGGGAGGCUAUCUGUUUGGGUUGGAUCUACUAGUCCUUGUGACAAAGGAGCAAAGUAUCUCCAUCUCUGUAAAGGAUGAGACUUCUCCCCGUGUCCGAAACUCUCUACCCAGGACCUUCCUCUACAGGGUUGUCAUGUCAAACCGGGAUGAGAAUGGGCGAGAGAUAGCCUCCAAACAGUCUGCUAUUUCUCGCUGCACAUUCAUGGAUGAAGACAGGAUUGAGGUAUUCCAGGGAUUCCAAGGAGUCACAGGAAUCAUCAUCUUGGAUCUGUUCACAUCUCUCCUCCAACUCAUUCUGUCAUGUGCAAAUGGAGAGAACAUGGAGUAA